AUGGGGUGCUAUUUUAUCCUAUUGGCUGAUUUUGUCGAUCAUCGGAACAUUCCCAAAACGGAUAUUUUGAAAAACGAGUUUGAACCAUGUGGAUAUAGUGAAUGUGGAUACUGUGAAGAAAUACGAGGAAGGCCAUCUUCCAAACCUAAUACAUCAGAACUUCCAAAAGUUGUUGUUGUCCAAACAGAUUUGACAAAAGGAUACGGAAACCGAAUACCUCCAUUGGUUUGUGGUUUUAUAUAUUCACUAUUGUCCGAUAGGUUAUUCUUCAUUGAUGGAUAUGAUAAUUUCACAGAUUAUUAUGAGAAAGACUUUGAACUCGAUUGGAAAAUUGUUGAAAAUAUGUAUAAAAAUAGCACCUCUAGACAUUUACAUAAACGUAAUAUACUUAAUGACUUUCAGUUGAUGGCGACUGGAAACCUUAGCAAUGAUAAAACAGAUAUUUUAUAUGUUGCCACAUGGGAUUACGUAUGUGCUCUAAUAACGUCAAACCCUCAUUAUAAGGAAUGGUUUAAUAAAUUAAUACCUGAUUCUAGAGUUUUUACAGCAAUCAGCCUAAAAUUACUAAGAUUGCAUCCAAAUAUCAGCAAACAAGUAGAGAUUUUUGCGGACAAUAAUUUUAAAGAUUAUAAUAUAGGUAUUCAUGUAAGAGAGAAAAAGACAACAAAUCGUUUAAAAACACCCAUAGAACAUUUUAGUGAGGUAGUGAAAAUGCUGAUUUUAGGAAUGAAAAACAUGAAUAUAACUAUCUUUGUGGCUGCUGAUAGUAAUAAUGUUCAUACUGAUGACAAUAUGGAUGCUCCAAAUCCUUAUAAUUCGAACACUGGUACGGAAAUAGGUGCUCUUAUCGAUAUGAAGUUGCUUAGUUUGUGUGAUGAUUUGGUGAUUACAUAUGGUUCAACAUUCGGUUAUACUGCUGUAGGAUGGUCGCCAAAAGUGUCUCACCGAAAAGGUCCAUAUGUCGUAAUGCCAAUAAAAAACUCGAGUGAUGAUUUUACGACUUCAGAUAAGGUUUGGGUGUACGGUGCUACAUCAAAUGAGCCUUGCAUGUACCUAAGCAAGUGGGUACUCGAUAAAGCAGAUAAGGAAAUUUCUAGAACUUUUAAGUCAAAUCCGUUAUGGAUGCAUUAUAGUCAAUGUCAUUGGCCAAUAUAG